AUGGCCAACAUCUUCCAGCAGGGCGUAAGGCAGUUCUACAAGGAUUCGGUUAUCCUCAUGAACGGGGUGACCGGAUUUUUGGGCCAAACUCUGUUGGAGAAAACGAUUCGAUCGUUGGAACCUCGCAAGGUUUAUUUGUUGAUUAGGGGAAAGAAAAAUCAAUCGGCCGAUCAGCGAUUGGAAAAACUGAUGCAAGGAGUGAUAUUCGAAAAAAGUCGGAACCUGCCUGUCGCUAAAACGCUCCAACCGCUUCACGUAGAUAUGACCCGAGAAGACUUGGGAUUGGAGUUGGGAAUCCGACAAGAAUUGAUGGAAAACGUUAACGUUGUAUUCAAUAUGGCGGCAGCAGUUACCGCAAAUUUGCCUCUAAAGGACGCGUUGCAGUACAACGUUGAGAAUAACCUGAAUUUAUUCGGAUUAGUGGACAAGAUGGCAAACUUGAAAUCAGCUGUUCAUACCUCUACGAUGUACGCCGAUUGA